AGCUCACACAUUAAUUUUCAUUCUCUUCUUUCCUUCUUUCCUUUGUCAAGAGCAAUGCCUCUGAGUGGUAUGCUGGUUAAACAAGUUACCAUCAAAUCAGAUGGGGAUGUGUUUCAUGAAAUAUUAAGAAGCAGGCCACACCAUAUAUCAGAAAUGAGCCCUGAUUCCAUAAAAGGUGUUGAUUUACAUGAAGGUGAAUGGGGUGUUGUUGGAUCAGUCAUUAAUGUUGACUUUAUCCAUGAUGGGAAGGCAAAAGUGGCUAAAGAAGUGAUUGAAGCAAUCGACGAGGAGAAAAAGUUAGUGUGCUACAAGGUUAUUGGGGGCGAUAUAUUGGAGGCUUACAAGACCUUCUUGCUCACAGUUCAGGUGGAGACAAAGGAAGAAGAAAACUUGGUGACUUGGACUUUCCACUAUGAGAAACUCAAUGAUAAUGUUGAUGACCCCAACAGUUUGAUGGAUUUCUGCCUUGCUGUUACCAAAGAUAUUGAGAAACAUCACCUAUAAUUUCAUACGCAAGUAAUUUAUAUAUAUAUAAAAGUUCCAAGAAUAAAAAUCGUGGGAUCACUUUUGUUUGUUUCACUCUAUAUGAAGUUGAUUACAUGUAAUUAAAGUUCCAUUUUGAUCUCAUGAAACUGGUGUGGACUUUGUUUAUUUGUGUCUUUUAAUCAAUUACUAAUAAUCUUUGUAUAGUUAUGCCCGAAAAUGAAAGGUUGUAAUGUAAUGCUAAGUUCCUCUUCUUGUAUUAUAUAUUUAAAGCUUCAAAAAAAAAUUCUAUUAAUGAUUAA